UUGUCAAUGAAAAGAUAAACAAUAAAAGUUUUUACUUAGUGUAGCCAACUAUUCAUAAACUUAUACAAAUUAACUAUGAGUUCAACGGCAUAAGUGGCGGUAGAAGAAAUGAAGCUAUGAAACAAGUCAUAUAUGUGUUGUAAAGUAUUUUUUGCUAGUAUUUAAAAAUAUUAUAAUAUUAAAAUGAUAUCAUUGGAAUAUUUACUUCUUUACAUUAUUUUAUUUGUAAUAAUAUGUAUAAUUAUGUUUUCUUUAACAUUAUUUAUGAUAACACAACCAUAUCCAGAAAUAUGGCGAGAUGAAAAAGAAAAAUAUUUUUUAAAUCUAAAAACAAAAAGUAUAGAAGCUUUUCCAUCUUAUGAAAAAUGGAGUGUACAUUUAAGUGUUGUAAUACCAGCAUAUAAUGAAGAAGAAAGAUUGCCUCUAAUGUUAGAUGAAUGUUUGGAAUAUUUGGAAAAGCGAUUAAAAAAUGGAUGUACUUACGAAGUAAUUAUAGUUAAUGAUGGAAGUUCAGAUAAAACUAUGGAUAUAGCUCAUAAGUAUGCAUUAAAAUAUGAAAAUAUUAGAGUACUGAAUCUUGUUAAAAAUAGAGGAAAAGGUGGAGCAGUAAGACUGGGUAUAUUAAGUGCAAGAGGAAGUGUAAUACUUUUUGCAGAUGCAGAUGGUGCUACAAAGUUUAAAGAUUUAGAAAAAUUAGAUAACAGUUUGAAAAGUAUUUUAGGAUUUGAUUAUAUAACUAAACCAAAUGAAAUUAGUUACUCUCAUGCAAUAGUAUGUGGAUCAAGAGCCCAUUUAGAAAAAGAAGAAACUGCCAAAAGAACUUUUUUUCGAUUGUUAUUAAUGCAUGGAUUUCAUUUCUUAGUAUGGUUUUGGGGUGUAAGAGGUAUUAAAGAUACACAAUGUGGUUUUAAACUUAUAACACGUGAAUCAGCAAAAGUUGUAUUUCAAGCUUUACAUAUUGAACGUUGGGCAUUCGAUGUAGAAAUGUUAUAUAUUGCAAGAAUGUUAAAUAUUCCUAUUACGGAGAUUCCUGUGAACUGGACAGAAAUUGAAGGAUCCAAAAUUGUACCUUUCUGGAGUUGGUUACAAAUGGGGAAAGAUUUAUUUUUUAUUUGGUAUAAAUAUAGAAUUGGAGCAUGGAAAAUAAAAAGAUUUAAACGAAUGUAAAAACAAAUGCAACUUAAAAUAUUUAUAAAAAUUUCUAUUCAAUA